CAGCUAGAUAUGAUGAAUUGCAAACUCAAAUAGAAUUGGUAAAUAAUGAACAUUUAGAAUCUGAAAUUGAUGAGCGUGAACGCAUUGAGCAUGAGUUCAUAUCAUGUUUAGCUACAGCAAAAAAUGUUGUCGACGAGCAAAAUCAAAUAAAAAGUGUAGAACAUGAUAAGACACGACGCGAAUCUCUUUUUCAAGAAGCUCAAUGCAGUCUCGAUCAUAAUGAGUGUCGUGUUAAAUUACCUCAAAUCAAUAUUGAGAGGUACAACGGAUCGGUUUUUCGUUGGCUUGAGUUCAGAGACACAUAUACUAGCUUAAUUCAUAAUAAUGAGCACAUCCCACCAAUACAAAAAUUUCACUACUUAAUUUCAUAUCUAGAAGGUGAUGCUGCUCGUGUUAUUUCUAAUAUUGAAGUGUCAUCGUCUAACUAUAACAGUGCAUGGCAAUUACUUUAUGAUCGUUAUAACAACAAGCGUCUACUCAUAAAUCACCAUUUAAAACCUUUAUUUAAUGUCCAACAAGCCACUCGCGAAACUGAAGAUUCUUUGCGCUAUUUAGUUGACCACAUAACCAAAAAUCUACGUGCUCUCUCUAGCUUAGGUCAACCAACAGACCAUUGGGAUACCAUUAUUAUUUUUAUUAUUACAUCUAAGCUUGAUAAUCGUACACUUCUGAAGUGGGAAGAGCAACGUAAUAUUAUAGAUGAAUUACCAAAUUUAGAACAAUUCAAGAAAUUUUUAAUUGAUCGAGCAUUUGUUCUCGAAUCUAUGCGUCGCAAUAGAUCUGACACUAAUAAUUUAUUAUCAGGUAAUUCAUCAACUUAUAAGCAUAAUAAUAAUAAACACGCAAUCAAUACAAAGUCAUUUGCUACUACUAGUCAAAAUAAAGUAUGGCUAUGUAUUAUUUGUAAUCAGAAUCACAAAAUUUAUGACUGUCCAAUUUUUAAGUCUAAAUCCAUUAAAGAUAAGUUAAUUGAAGUUUCUAAAUAUAAAUUAUGUCCUAAUUGUUUACGGCAAGGUCACCCUGUUAAUGAAUGUCGCAUGGGUCCCUGUAAGCAAUGCAAAAAACCUCACAAUACUUUAUUGCAUUCAAUUGACAAUACAAAAGUCAAUAAUGCGCAAAUACGUGAAGAAAAUUCAAUGGUUAAUUUCUCUAAAGAAGUUAAUCGACAAGUUCUUUUAUCGACUGCUCUACUUGAAGUUUUGAAUCCAAUAACCAAAGAGGCAACCAAAGUGCGUGCCUUAUUGGAUUCAGGCAGUCAAUCAUCAUUUAUUACAAAAAAACUACAUGAAAAAUUAUCACUAAAUUCAACUCCUAUUUCCAUGAAUGUUAUUGGCAUUGGCCAUAAUGCUACCAAUAAUAUAACUGAAAGUUCUAUGGUACAAAUACAAUCUCUAAAUAAUAAAAGUAAAUUUAAAUUAAAUUGCUUCGUUCUUGAUAGACUUACAGGAAGUUUACCACAAUUUUGUGUAAAUUUAAAUUUACCCAAACAGAUUAUGUUAGCGGACCCAACAUUUGACCAACCAGGUCCUAUCGAUAUGUUGAUAGGUGCUGACCUCUUUUGGGACAUUAUACUAUCUGAGCAGACUUCCUUAGGUCCAAACAAACCAAAACUUCGUAAUUCUGUAUUUGGCUGGCUGAUCGGCGGUCCCAUAAAUACAUGUAAAAAUAAUGAUAUUCAUUGUAAUAAUAUAAUUGUCAAUGCACCUUUAUCUAAAGAAUCAAAUGUUGACGCCCUUCUUACUAAAUUCUGGGAACUAGAAGAGCUUCCAAAAACUAUUUUAAAUCCAAUAGAAUUAGCUUGCGAAAAUCACUUUCGUACACAUGCACAUCGUCUUGAAACAGGUAGGUUUUCCGUAAGUUUGCCACUUCGAGACUCACCAAAUUGCUUGGGUGAUUCUUAUACUCUUGCUAAAAAACGUUUCACUAAUCUUGAGAAGCGUUUUCGAAGGAAUCAUUCUUUGAAAAUGGAAUAUAUUAAAUUCAUGACCGAGUAUGAAAAUUUGGGUCACCUUUCAGAAUCUCCUAUUAGAUUGCCAAAUCCAUCAUACUUUUUAUGUCAUCAUGCGAUUUUUAAAAUAGAAAGUGAAUGGACUAAAAUAAGAGUUGUUUUUGAUGGUUCCGCACCUUCGUCCUCUGGUUUCUCAGUUAACGAUUUGCAGAUGAUUGGCCCAAAUGUACAGGAUUCUCUCUUCUCCAUUUUAAUUCGUGCCCGACAAUAUAAAUAUCUACUUACCGGUGAUGUAGAAAAAAUGUAUCGACAGGUUGAAGUCAAUCCGGAUGACAGAAACCUGCAGUUAAUAUUAUGGAGAGAAGACGAGUCUUUACCUAUCAAAACAAUGCAACUAAAUACUGUCACUUACGGUACAGCAAGUGCCAGUUAUUUAAGCACGAGAUGCUUGUGGCAAGUUGGUGAUGAGUGUACUGAUGAAUUAAUAAAAACUAUUAUUCAAAAGGACUUUUAUGUAGACGAUCUAAUUACGGGUUCAAAUGACGAGAUGGAAUUACAAUACAUCCAAAAUUCAGUGGCUACAGAAUUGAAUAAAGGAUGUUUUAAUUUACGUAAAUACAAAUCUAAUUUACCCAAUAUUAUUCAAAAUUCUUCCAACAUUGCUUCUCAGGGUAACCUGAUUAUUAGUGAAUCCUCAAGUACUCUUGGUCUAGGGUGGAAUCCUAAUAGCGAUACAUUACAUUUUCCUAUAAAUAUACCAAUUCCAAGCGAAACCAUAACAAAAAGAUUUAUUAUGUCUAAUGCUUUUAAGAUUUUCGAUCCUUUGGGUCUGUUGAGUCCUUGUAUAAUGCAGCCAAAACUUAUGCUUCAAAAGCUAUGGCAGCUUAAAGUUGGUUGGGACGAACCCGUACCUGACAACAUUGAGCAAGCCUGGCAGGAUUUUGCCAAUGGAUUACCAGUUCUGUCCAAUUUACAAAUUCCUAGAUUCGUUGCAUGUGUUUCGCCAAAAUUCAUAGAAAUUCACUCUUUCAGUGAUGCGUCCCAAGUAGGUUACGGUGCAUGUGUAUACGUGAAAACUAUAGAUAUCAACGGUGAAAUUUUAGUUAAGUUACUUUGUUCAAAAUCAAAAGUAGCUCCACUAAAACCUACUUCAAUACCUCGCUUGGAGCUUUGUGCGGCACUUCUUGCUGCUCGACUAUCCAAAGCAGUAAUAGAGUCAAUAAGGUGA